AUCAAAAAAAAAUUAUAACUUUCCAGAAUACUAAAUCUCUUUUAAAUAUAAAAGAUAAACAGAGGUUGAUUCAAGAAUUGUUUACUUCAGAAUCAUCACGAGAAGAAGUGAAGCUUCAAUUAUGCAAUAAAGCUUUCAAUACUAAAGAUGGCACAAAUAGAGCUAACCAAGAAGAAAUCUUAUAUUGGCCUAUUUAUAAAAAGAAUUUCAGAGUUCAGUUUAAUGAGUUUAUAAAAAAUAGUGGUGAUAAAAUUAGUAAAAAGAAGGAGUAUGAUUAUAGGG